GAAAGCAAGCAAAAGCAUAAUGAGGUCCUCGUCAUAGCCUUGUUUAUUGUGGCCAUAAUCUGCACUGAGAUGUUGUUCAUGGUUUCCACAUUUAGGAGCAUGUUUGCUGUUCUCUUCAUAAUCAAUCUAGUCUGGAACUGGUUCUUUCUCUACAAGAUUGCCUGUGCUGAAAACCAGGCCAAAAUUGUAAAAUGGAAAAAAAUGAUGGAUAAAUGCACUGGAGGGACAAAAAAUGACUGGAUAGAUAAUUUAAAGGAGUGGUAUCGAACCACAUGGACUUUACAGGAUGAUCCUUGUAAGGAGUACUUUGAGGUCCAGAUUGUAUAUCCAAUCCUCCGAGUGCCUCCAAUGAAGGUUAUUACUAUGACCCUCACCACCCUUAUUACAGACCCUGUAAAGCACUUAGGACAAGGCAUUAAUGAGUUUCUCCGGGCCUUACUGAAAGACCUGCCCAUUACACUCCAGAUGCUUCUGCUUAUUUUACUUGUACUUUCCAACCUGGUGGUCUUGUACAGUGUUAGUCAAGCAGCUGUUUGUUGGCACCUGCGAGGCCGAUGUCAAGAUCCUUCACCUGACAUUGCAGAUCAGCCAGAUACUCCUCCCAACAGACACCACAGAGAGCAGCAGAGGUUGUAUGAGGAAACCCAACAGAAUGACACUCUGGUGGAAGCAGCAGCUCAGGACCCGGAUCGGCAUGCGGUGGCAGAGCCUCAGAUGCUCAGUCAUGGGCCGGAGGAGGAAAUUGAGGCAUCUGCACAUAACACUGAUAUGACACACAGUCUAACGACAUCUAAUGAGCCCAGUCCUAAGAGUGCCAUUGAAGAUAACAUGAAUUCAGGCAAUAAUGAUAGGAAUGAUCAUAUAGUGUUAGCUAAGUAGUUCAACCUUCAUGGAUUUUUUUGUUAUUUUUAAAUUAUUCAACUAAGCAUUGUCUGUUCAAUCCUAUUUUAUUUAUUGUAGGUAGGAGAUUCAGUAACCAUAGAA